CAACGCUGGCCCGUAUCGAUUCUCAUGAUCCAUUCUUACAACAAAUUCAACCCAGCUGGCUGGUACUCGUCUCUGUCCACUCACCAUCCCGGUAACUUGCGCAAGUUCUAGAUCCGAGUUCUCUACCCGGUCACGCCCCCCCAGGCCAUCGAUAAGCAAUCACACGUUCACCCAUCAGAUUCACUCGACCUAGGCUAUUUAAAUCCUCCCCAUCAUCGCUCUCAGUCUCUCACCAGUACAGACCAUGGCUCCCAACCCCCAGUGUGCCGCUCUCGCUGCUGCAAAGGACAAGAAGGGCAUCUCCUACGCCGCUAUCGCCUCACAGAUCGGUGACUCGGAGCAGCGCGUUAUCGACAUCUGCACUGGCAAAGUCAAAGCGACAUCUUCUGAAUUCAGCGCCAUCGCGCGGGUGCUUGGCAUUUCGUCUUCCAGCGUGCGUUGUUCUUCUCCUUCUCCGUUAGCAUCCCCAUCUGACGGUCUGUAGGCCCCGCACGAUGGUGCCCAUGCUACCUCCGGAUGAACCUGCGGCCGUAUAUCUGCAUCACUAC